AUGACAAAUUUUUGGUCUGCCGCACUUACAUGGUAUGUGAGAGGCGGUCCGCAGUUGACAAAGAGGGCGGUAGCUACAGCUACAGCAGCGCGCCGCGAGGAGAGCCGGCGCGGAGUGCGAAUUCGCGCUGUUGUAGAUAAGGGACACGCGGAGACCCGGCAGCUCAUUCAGUUCGCCAUGGGUGAGGAGAGGAGCCGCCUUCUGCUGCCGCUGGCGCUGGCGCUGCUGCUGGUCGCCCUGCCCGGAGCCCUCGCCUCAGAAGCAUGGAAGCACAAGGCUUUAACAGAGAUGUUUAUGAGUGGACUGGAGACAUUUCAUUCAUCAAGAGUGAAGACACCUCAUUUUCAAGAGGCAUUGCAUCAUCUCACCCUGACAAAUCAUAUUGAGUCAGAAUAUCUUACAGAUCUGAGCCCAAAGGACCAGUUGACCACUUGUGUCCUCUGUGAUGUAAUUUUGAAUGCAUUUAUGGAGUAUUACAAGAAUGGGAAAUCAAAAGAUGAAUUAGAAGCUUUAGUCUUGGAUGCCUGCGUCACACUCAACAUAGAGACUGAGGAAGUCUGCAGUGGCGUUAUUGGGAGCAAUGUUGAUACAGUGGUGUACAUAGUUGAUAACAAACCAACUCUGACAGCGAAGCAGAUAUGUAGUGUUCUUCUGCAGGACUUAGAAUGUGCAGAGACUGACCCUUCAUAUGAAUGGACAGUUGAUAUUGAUCUGGGUGAGAAACCACAGUAUGUUCCACCGUCAGAUCCAGUGGAGGGUGAAGUCUUCACAGUGCUCCAUAUAUCAGAUACUCAUCAUGAUCCAAUGUACUUACCUGGUGGCACGGCAGUAUGUGAUGAGCCGGUAUGUUGCCGUAGUGAUCAGGGUCAGGGAACAGAUGCAGCAUCUAUUGCUGGUUACUGGGGUGACUAUAGGGGCUGUGAUAUUCCCUGGCACAGCCUGGUGUCUGCACUUAAAAAUGCUGUCACACAGUAUCCUGACAUCAAUUAUGUUUACUUUACUGGUGAUGUCAUUGACCAUGGAGUGUGGCAGACAAGCAUAGAAAGGAAUAAUGAGUCAUUCCAGCUUUUUUUCCCAACACUAAAACAGGCAUUUGGUGAUGCCCCUGUUUUUUCAGCAUUGGGCAACCAUGAACCACAUCCUGUCAACCAAUAUGCACCUGAUGAUGUAACAGACGAUACUGUAUCCUCCAAAUGGCUUUAUGAAACAAUGGCAGAUCUGUGGCAGACAUGGCUACCAGCUGAUAUAGUACCAACUGUUAUGAAGGGGGGAUAUUAUACAACCCUUCUGAGACCAGGUCUUCGGAUCAUAUCUCUCAACAACAAUGUGUGCUUUAAGUACAACUGGUGGAUUCACUACAAGCCUGCAGAUCCAAGUGAACAGCUCAAGUGGUUAGCAGAAACAUUACUUGCAGCUGAAGCAGCAGGAGAAAAAGUACACAUUAUUAGCCAUAUGCCAUCAGGAUCUAGUGCCUGCUAUUCAACAUGGUCAAGAGAAUACAACAGAAUAGUUGAUCGAUUUGAGUAUACCAUAGCAGCUGUAUUCAAUGGACACUCACACAAAGACAUUUUUCAGCUUCACUAUGCUUCUGAUGAUAGAUCUAGGGCUAGCAUUGUUGCUUACAAUGGAGGAAGUGUUGUGACAGCAAGUAAUGUAAAUCCAAAUUACAAAGUGUACAAAGUGGAUGGAAAUACAGGAGCUGUUGUGGAUUACACUUCUUGGAUGUUCAAUCUCACUGAAGCAAACCUUGAACCAAAUACUGAACCUAACUGGUACAAACUUUACUCUUUCCGAGAAGCUUAUGGUGUGGAUUCUAUGAAUUUGACUGAAUUGGACAAAUUAGUCCAUCGAAUGGCUGAGACUCCUGAGAUCAUACAACAAUACUAUGGAUACUCUGUGAAAGAGGGAGAUCCAAGUUUGGCAUCAGGCUGUGAUGCAAACUGCCAGAAAAGUCAACUGUGUAGUAUUGUUACAACCUAUUUCAGAGAUACUACUAAAUGUGAGGAAAUAACAGCCAGUAUGCCUGGAAGGGCAAAAAUUCUGAAUAUGUAAUUUAAAAGAAAGCCUCAAAGAUGAAACUACCUUCUAACCAACACAUUACAGCAUGAAACUAGUGAAGCAGCGAUGUAAAGAGUGAAAAAUCACUAAGCUUUUGAUGUCUCUGCAGACUAUUCAUUUAGUUUAUUGUGCUAUGAUUUUUGUGCUCAUUCAAUUCUAGGAAGCAAUGAGAGAGUCACUCCAAAACUGUGAAUAAAACAUAAUUUUUAUUUGAAAAAUGUGUUCCAAUAAACCAAAGAAAUCA